GGAUCCGCCGCUGGAGGGAGAAAGAAAGAAGGAAAGAAAGAAGGAAAGAAAGAAGGGAGGAAGGAGGAGGAGACCCAAAAGGCUGGGACCCCUCCCUCCGCCUGGGCGAACUACAACUCCCAGAGUCCUUUUCCCAGCUCUUUGCCAACCUCUUCCCCUCCCUUUCACACCUGAAGAGCAACACAAGCAGAAGCAGAAACUGGAGGCAAGGCGAGGAGAGGAGACGGGUUUGCAGAAAGCGCCUCGGGCCGGAGCCUCUUCCUCCUCCUCCUCCUCCUCCUCCUCCUCUUCCUCUUCGCCUCGGGUGACCUUUGCAGGAAAACAGGAAAACGCCAUGCUGGGAGUGACUGGGUCCAGAAAGAGAACUGGGUGUCAUUUAACGAAGACAAACACCUGGAAAUGAAAAAGCACGGACUCCUAGUCGCCAGGAAGAAAAGGGAGGCUCCCGAUGCUCCAGCUGCCCUUUGCAAGAGCUGGAUUAUUGUGUGUUGGUUUUGCAAGGCUCUCUUCUCCCGAUAAGACGGGACCAUGUACACCUUUUUGCCUGAGAACUUCACUCCGGUGAAGCAGAAGCCGGUGAAAGACCUGAAGCCCAUGAUCGUGGCCAUCGUGCUGGGCCUGGGCCUCUUCAUUGCGGCCGUGGUGGCCUGGUGCUACUACGUGGCCUCCCUCCGGAAGGCAGAGCGGCUGAAGACGGAGCAGAUGGACCUGCACCAGGACGGCUUCACCAUCAAGAACCAGAACGGGGAGCUGGUCUUCCAGCUGGACUUCCAGUCGGGGCUCCUGGACUUGGAGUCCUGCUCCAGGGAAGGGGCGAACCUGACUUGCACGAGGACGGACAAAGGGAAGGUCAAUUUCUUCAUCAAGAUCGUGACCCCCAAGGACACGGUGAUGUGUUACCGCGUCCGGUGGGAAGAGUUUGUGGCCGAUACGGUGGUGGAGCACAAGAUGUUCUGGGGUGAUGCGCAUUGGUACGGCGGAUGUGAGAUGAGUGUCCAGCACUGGCCCAUCCAGCUCCCGGGGUCCCAAGAGCCCAUGCCCUUUGUGACCAGCGACGUCUAUUCCUUCCGGAACAGCUUCGGAGGCAUCUUGGAGCGGUACUGGCUCUCCUCCAAAGCGGCGGCCAUCAAGAUCAACGACUCCGUGCCCUUCCACCUUGGCUUCAAUGCCACCGAGAGGUCUCUCACCUUCCAAGCCAGGUAUAAAGACUCCCCUUACAAGCCCCCAUUGGGACAACCGCCUUUCCCAGAGCUCAGCUACCGGGUUUGCAUCGGCUCCGACAUCACCUCCAUCCACAAAUACAUGGUGCGGAGAUACUUCUACAAGCCGUCCAAGAUCCCUUCGAGGAACGCGUUCCGGUACCCGAUCUGGUCCACGUGGGCCUUGUAUAAGAACGACAUCGACCAGGACAAAUUACUACGUUUAUCAGAAAAGAUUAAAAAAUACAAGUUCAACUGCAGCCACAUUGAAAUAGAUGAUACGUACACGCAGGCCUAUGGGGACUUUGACUUUGACCCCAUAAAGUUUCCCAAUGUGACGGAGACGUUCGAGAAGCUCAAAGAAGAUGGGUUUGAGAUCACCCUCUGGACGCACCCUUUCAUCAACUACAACUCCUCCAACUUUGGGGUCGGGAUUGAGAGGCAACUGUUCAUCAAGGAGCCGACGGGGAGGCUCCCAGCGAUGGUGGAGUGGUGGAACGGCAUCGGUGCCAUCUUGGACUUCACCAACCCUUCCGCCAGAGAUUGGUUUCAGAACCACCUGAGGCAGCUACGCAACAACUAUGGCAUCUCAUCCUUCAAGUUCGACGCCGGGGAGAUCAGCUACCUCCCCAAACAGUUCAGCACCUUCCGCCCGUUGUCCGAUCCCAACAUCUGGUCUCGGCGCUACACGGAAAUGGCCAUCCCUUUUUACGAACUGGCCGAAGUCCGGGUGGGCUACCAGUCUCAAAACAUCUCCUGCUUCUUCCGGAUCAUCGACAGGGAUUCGGUGUGGGGCUAUGAACUCGGCCUGAAGUCCUUGAUCCCGACCGUCCUGACGAUAAGCAUGCUGGGAUAUCCUUUCAUCUCUGCUGACAUGAUCGGCGGGAACCUCUUCCCCAACAAGACUGACGGCGCAGUAGAGAUCCCAGACCGGGAGUUGUACAUCCGCUGGCUGGAGCUCUCGGCCUUCAUGCCCUCCAUGCAGUUCUCCAUCCCUCCCUGGCUUUAUGACCGAGAGGUUGUUGACAUCGCCCUCAAGUUCACCAAGCUACACGAGUCUCUGGUGGCACCGCUCUUGCUGGAGUUGGCCGGGGAGGUCACGGACACCGGGGACCCCAUCAUCCGCCCCAUCUGGUGGAUCUCACCCAACGACGAGUCCACCCACAAAAUAGACUCUCAAUUCCUCAUUGGGGACACCCUCAUGGUUGCCCCUGUCCUGGAGAUGGGCAAGCAAGAGCGGGACAUCUACAUCCCAGCCGGCAAGUGGCGGAGCUACAAAGGGGAGCUCUUCGACAAGACGCCCACAUUGGUCACCGAUUAUCCUGUUGACUUGGACGAAGUGGCCUAUUUCGUCUGGGUGUCCUAAUGGACGGGCGCCUGCAGUCCACUGACUCUUACAGCGGGCCAAGCUUUGGAAACACCCUUGCCUUAGCCUAAGAGCCAAAAUAUAUUUAUUACAAUAAAUAACAACAGCAGCAAUGAUGUAACUGGUGUCACUCCCAUAAAGGUACCGAAACAUACCUGUCUGGAAGACAUAGAAAAUAGAAAAGUAUAACUUGGGAGAUGGACUGGAUGCAGUCCAAAGGCUUUGUGUAGGUAACAUGUAUAGGACAUAACCUGGAACAACACAUGAACAAACCUGGGAAGCCGGCCAGGGGUUCACAGGCCUAGUCCUUGCUGUGGGGGGCCGCAUCCAGGACGACAUGCCAGAUGUAGGGGCCUCAGAGGAGGAAGACCGGGCCUCCAUGCUCCUGGUUGAACCAGAACAUGGAGCUUGUGAAGGACUCCCAGCCUUUCUCUUGGUGCAAACUGGGUUCGUGCUCCUGGACUUUCUUGAGCAGCAGCACGCCUUGCUUUGCCGAUCUGGUGAAAUCUCCAUGACCGGAUGUAAAUGCUUGGGAGUGGUAGUGCUGUACACCUGACAUUCUCUAGGCUGCCUCUCCGUAGAUCACACAUUUGUGUUUAAACAUGCUAUAAAGAUCUAGCUUUCCUUGUGAUGUAGACGUGCUGGUAGAGACUCAUGGUGUCAUGAAAUCCGCACAGUAAUUCAAAUGAACCCACCUGGGAACCAUGAGCUACCGAGCCUGAUGUGCCCACACCUGAAUGUAUUUCUUCCACAAUUUUGGAAGUGUGAACUUGAGGCAUCUGUAACACCAUCCUUGAAUUCCAGCAUUGCAACUACCAUAGCUGUCUCCUGGGGGAUGCUGGGAUGUUGUUUGGGAGUCUCCUAAAGAGGUACUAGAUGUCUCCAGCAGACAAUUUCAAGUCCAAACUAAUUCUAAAGUGGUGACUUCUAUGAGGAGGGAUCUACUCCAGCUUUGAAAGGAACUGUCUAAAGUACUGAACCCUGCAUCACAAAGUGGUUCAGCACCUUAGACAGCUCAUAGAAAGCAAUACAAAAACCUGGUGUGGAUCCUUUGCCAUUCCCUCCACCAAGUCGUCAGCUACGAGUGGAAAACCUUGGGACAGACCUUUGUACAAGCUACUAAUUUUCUCCAGCUAUAAACCAAGAGAAAUCUUAACAAACGCCAGCGGAAAUACUUGCCGUUGUAGGAACUGGCCGGUUUGGGUUUUCCAGGGUUUGCCUUAAGUUUUACAACGCAGCGAGGUAUUAUUUGAAAUAACAUUUUAUUUUCUAAAAGAGAGAAAUUCCAAACAUAUAAUAAUAGAUAUAUGCAUAUAUAUAUAUUUAUAAAUAUAUCUAUGUCUCCUUGUCUGAUUCGGGGCAAGGCUGGCGUUAUUGGGUUCCUGGGCUGGGCCGGUUACUCAGUUCAGGAGAGUUGCUGCUUCGCCAAAAAUAAACCUGGGGACGGAUGCCGUUGUACGUGGAUCAUGUGCUUUAAAUGGGACUGAGACAGGCUCACAGCAAUCAUUCCUUUCCGAUCAGUUUCCCUUCUGCCGUGUCCCUUCUUGGCUCCUUCUCGGAGAUGCCUUGGGAACUUUGCUGCCGUCGAAGUUUCCUUUUUCAGCUCAUCGACUGCAAAGAGCACAGACUUCUAAAAAGAGCAGUUUUUAUCGAGACUCAUGUUGCCGAGUGCAAAAGAUGCAGCCAAGGGUGGAAAAUGGGAUAUUUGUGUCCAAGCAACAUCAGAAUGUGAUCAGAAUGGCAAAAGUUGUUGAGGAAGAACACACACAAGUCUUCCAUCUCCUCUAUUUUUCCCCUUAGUUUUUGGCACAUUCUUUGCACUUCGCCAACUCGUGAACUGUUUUUGCACUUUUUGCAUUCAUUUAAGUUCACCGGGAACUAAGGAUGGAAGUGAGGAGAGAGGAAGCCACAAAGCAAAUGAUUUAUGGGGCCUUGUCCCUGCCAAAUUAGGAUUGGUGCGAUGGGGACGAGAGAGGGGAGUUUUGCUGUUAAUUUACUAACAGGGCAUGGAAUAAAGCAGUUCUCCACAUA